UCGAAAGUUUCUCAUCUUCCCCAAAGCCUAUCACCAUGGCCUACAAGAACGCAGACCUUGAGAGGGUGUAUUGCACAUGUAGAGCAAUCUUCAGCGGCAAUGAUGCUCUAUUGCGCAGAAAGAAGAAGGUCAAAGAGGUCCUGAUCAAGAACACAACCACCGUUAAGCCACUUUUCAUCAGCUUUGGCGAGCAAAAGACCAUCCUCAUGUCGCAGCACCUAUUGGAAUGCCGGGUAUUUGAGUCCGACCUCCGCGCUAAAGUCAUGUUUCCGAGCCUUUUCCAAAGCACCCCGCAGCAAGAUGCUGACCGAGAGGCUUCGGAGGUCGAUGCAGUGAGAUCGGUCGCAAACGCCUUAGACGAGAUGAGUCAGUCGGAAGGCGAGGAUGAUGACGAUGAACUUGAUCAUAUUCCCGAAUCAUAUCCCGAGGAAGCAGUUCUUGGUCCCAUAGCAGAAGAGGUCCCAGGAGACGCGCCUCUUGCCGACGAGCCUCUUGCCUUAGUCGAGGCUAUAACGCCUCCCCAAGAUCUCGCAAAUAUGUGCGAUAUCGACUCGGGGGUCACUCUGACAAGUCCACCGCCACACCCUGGGCUCCCUUCUUUGUAUCCCGCCUGCCUCCCUUACAAAACGCAACAUGACAUCCUCACCACCACCCAGAGAGUUCUGGAGGAAUGCUGCUUUGAUUUUGCGACCAAAUGGAUACCAGGCGUUCUUCAAUCCCAAGGCUGGGACUGUCCCUCAGCGGUCGAGCUGACGAAGUGGACCAAAGUCUUCAACAGAGCUGGCCUGAACUUGCCUGCGCACGCGACCACGCCUGCAGGCACCACCAUCAAGGAUGUUCUUUUCCGUACACGCCAGCUGAGGCACACGGCCGUGCACAGACAGCCCACGACUGCCCGCGAAAUCAGCCAACACCUGCGGACGGCACUGAGAGUUGCCAAGACUCUUCAAGACGUCUCCCGCGCUGCUCAGCUGGAGGACUUGAUGUCCGAGGUCGAUGAGAAGAUCAAGGCCAUGGUACUGACGAAGAAUGUUCUGGAGAACCGCACUCUGUUCAGCCUCGACGAUAUCCGCCGUCAACGCGAGGAACUUGAUAGACAAGAGAAGGAGAUGAUUGAAAACAUGGUGAGAGAGGAUCGUGAUCACAAGGCGCUUAUCGGUCGCCUGCUUGAAGCCGCCGUUGAUGACAUCUUUGAGAAGAAAGUGACUAGGGGCCAAAUGCUGGAGGAAGCCGAAAAUGAUGCCGCAGAUAUCUACUACGAAGCCAGUGAGGACACCGUGAAUGGGGCUGUCGAGGAUUCCGACAUGAGCGAAGGCAAUAAAACCCCUAGGGAGGAUGGAAAAGACAUUCCUGAACUUUUUGAAUGGGACGAGGCACUUGGAUUUGUGAAACCGGUCCAGUCUUGACGCCUAGGGGGGUUUCAGUUGUGAGUAGAUACAAAAUAUCAAAUAUAUCAUGACUUCACACAG